AGAUCUUGAUAGCUUGCCAAGCCCCGCGCGCUUCAGCCGUUGAUGGCUGGUCCAAGUCUUUUCAACAGGAAUCGCAUCCCAUUGGACAAUGCGGAGCCGAUCCCCGAACUCACCGAAGCGAAUUGGAGGAAAUCCACGGUGGAGGCCAAGCAACACGAGCCGGAACCCCAAAUCGAGUGCGCGGAGCGGGGCCGCGGCGAGCGCCUGCGGGCGCGACUGACGGAGGACUGGUCCAAGGGUGAAGCCGCGGACGUGGACGGCGCUUCCGCGGACGCCUCAGCUGGCUCCGGCGGCUCUGGCCCGCGAAAGGAGCGCCGGGUGUGCCUGGUGCUGCUAAGGGCCACGGGGGCCGGCCAGGAGGCCUGCAACCAGGACUACCGGUACUGCGGCCUGCACCAGGGGAAGCCCAUGUUCAAGGCCCAGAACGGCGCGGUGAUCUACUUCAACCAGUGCUGGAAGAUGAACAACAUCUACAAGACCACAGGCUGGGUCUACUGCGCGCGGCACGGCGCCGGCCCCUGGCCGGCGGAGGGGCGCUGGAGCUCUGAGGGCACCACCGACCCCAACGGCGCAGGUCGACCCCCGAGCCUGGUGCUGAUUGACGAGCCCUUGCCCAGGACGGUGGGUGAGGAGAAUGGCGCCAUCGUCCUGGAAGAUGGCCAGAAGGUGCUGAAGCGAGAGGAAAACAAGAGCUGGCGCUGGAGCGAGGUGCUGGUGCGGAGCAAGGAGGACAUCCUGCGGAGCCUCGAGAGGGAGGCCGAGGGCCCGUCAGGCCUGCGCCCGGGCUUCCUGGAGCCGCCGAAGGCGGCCAAGGCGCCGCCGAAGCCGAGGCCGGCGGAGUUCUGGGAGGGCGCGGAGGUGGAGUUCGACCGCUUCUCCGAUGGCCGCUGGGUGCCAGCGAGGAUCAUCCAACGCGUCCGGCACGGGAUCUACGAUCUGGACCUAGAGCCCCAGGUUCCGGGCAACAAGAUCCGCUGGCCCAACGGCCAGGCGCCGCCGGCACCGCCGCGGCCGAGCGAGGCGCGCUCGGCCAAGCAGCCGCCACAGCGGCCGCCGGACCGCGCGCCGGCGGAGCGCCCGGAGCGGCCGGAGCGGCCGGAGCGGCCGGAGCGGCCGGAGCGGCCGGAGCGGACGGAGCGGCCGGAGCCGGAGGAAGCGUUCCACGUGGGCGCCGUGGUGGACUACGAUGAUCUCUCCAACGAUGGCUGGAUCGAAGCCACCGUGCUUCAUCGGAAUCGCAACGGAACCUACGACAUCACCGUCAUGGGCGAAACCGUGGGCAAAGUUGCGGGCAACCGCCUGCGCUGGCCAAAGCUCAUCAAGCCGGAGGCGAGGGCGGCCCCGCAGGCGAAGCCCCGCGCGGAGAAGGUGGCCCGCCGCGCCCUGCGGCCCAGCGUCUCCACGCGCGAGAGCCUGGCGCAUGCCGUGGCCAGCCGCAAGGCCGCGCUGCAGAAGCUGGCGCGCAGGCCCGAGAAGUCCGGAGAGCCGGAGCAGCGCUUCGAGCCCCCGGCGCGGCCGGAGCGGCCGGGGCCGGCGCCGCGCGAAGCCGAAGCCGAGCUCGUGGUCGGAGGCACCGCCUUCACGGUCCGGAGAUUUGAAGGUGAGGCACCACCCUCCCUGCACUCCAUGCUCGCCUUCCUGGAUGCUGAGGCAGAGUUCCAUCCAGAAGGACGACAGAACAUCCCGCUGACACGGGGCUCCGCGCCGAACUUGGAGGCGGAGGCGAGCGCGGCGCCGAAGACUUUGGAGCUGAAGGCUCCGCAGGUGCCGUGCCCUGCCGGCCCGGUCUCCACGUGGACUGUGGACCAGGUGUGCCAGUUCUUGGAUCACCUCGGGCUGGGCCACACACAGGAGAAGUUCAAGGAGAGCGCGGUGGACGGGCAGCUGCUGCUGGGCCUCUCGGAGGAGGAGCUCUGUGAGGAGCUAAGCUUGCGGAAGCUCCAGGCGAAGAAGCUCUUGUCUCGACUGCCGACAGACAGCGCAUGAGCUGCGCGGACA